AUGAGUUCGAAGAAGGCUUUCACUGUCUACACAAAAGGCACCGGCGACAUGGAUGGCCGGACGUUCACAAAGAUCCUGAAAGAUUCCAAGGUUCUUGACUCCAAGGUAACAGCUGUGGAUGCCGAUCUAAUAUUUGCAAAGGUUAAGUCCAAAGGUGCCAAGAAGAUAAACUACGCUGAGUUUGAAGAAGCAUUGCGGCUUGUGGCUGCCAAAAAGGGUGUAGAAGUUGGAAAGGUCCAGGCUGAAAUUGCAAAAGAAGGAGCUGAAGGUCCUGUCUUACACGGUACGAAAGCGGAUAACGUUCGGUUUCACGAUGACAAAAGCACAUAUACAGGAGUUCACAAAAUGGGUGGGCCGACGACUGUGGAUGACGGUCGGGUGCAGUUUAACGACUUGUCAAAGAUAUGCGAUCGAUCGGAUUACGAUAUUCGGGGGGUGAAAAAAGGCAUUAUGGAAAAAAAGACUGGAGACAGCAAGUGA